AUGAAGAGAGCAUUAUUUUUGUUGAAAUUAUCUGUUUUAUCUGUGGUCGUUAGAGGGGGAAAUGUAUGUAAUGUUCCCCAAAGCAAAAACCAGAUUGAUUGGGAUAAGAUACCAAGAAAUUGGUAUCUUGCAUUCGACAAUGGAGAUCCUAUCACAAGUGACUUGGAGUGCAAAACAGCUCUGGACAUGAAGUUAACAACAACCGGGUACAAGUUUACCGCAAAGUACUUUGUGAACGGAAAAAAAGAGGGCGAAGUUGAAGUAACCAAAUAUCUUCAACCCAAUGGAAACUACAACAAUCUUUUUCCAAACGGAAAAUAUGUUUACAAUCGUAAUGGAAAAUUGAACAACGAAGCUGUCAUCGAAGAAAAUCGACUGAACAGUCGCGAAGGCGAGACAUUUCACUUAACGGACAAUGAAUCUUACUUCUUUCACAUUAGCUGCGAUGAAAAAGGUGGUUACAUCAUAUGGGCUUUUACUGCGACUCCUAAUCCAGAUGUUCCAACCAUUAUCAGCGCUAUUAACGCUCUCAGCGAUUUUGGAAUUCGACCGAAAUUCAAGCUUUCGGGAUGUUCCGACAAGGCUCAAUGCAAUGGCAUUGAUUUUAUAUAUCAUUAUAUCAAAUUGUCAAACUUUGACCUUGAGUCAUCGUUGCUUGAAAUAGUUCGAGAUGAAGAGAGCAUUAUUUUUGUUGAAUUAUCUGUUUUAUCUGUGGUCGUUAGAGGGGGAAAUGUAUGUAAUGUUCCCCAAAGCAAAAACCAGAUUGAUUGGGAUAAGAUACCAAGAAAUUGGUAUCUUGCAUUCGACAAUGGAGAUCCUAUCACAAGUGACUUGGAGUGCAAAACAGCUCUGGACAUGAAGUUAACAACAACCGGGUACAAGUUUACCGCAAAGUACUUUGUGAACGGAAAAAAAGAGGGCGAAGUUGAAGUAACCAAAUAUCUUCAACCCAAUGGAAACUACAACAAUCUUUUUCCAAACGGAAAAUAUGUUUACAAUCGUAAUGGAAAAUUGAACAACGAAGCUGUCAUCGAAGAAAAUCGACUGAACAGUCGCGAAGGCGAGACAUUUCACUUAACGGACAAUGAAUCUUACUUCUUUCACAUUAGCUGCGAUGAAAAAGGUGGUUACAUCAUAUGGGCUUUUACUGCGACUCCUAAUCCAGAUGUUCCAACCAUUAUCAGCGCUAUUAACGCUCUCAGCGAUUUUGGAAUUCGACCGAAAUUCAAGCUUUCGGGAUGUUCCGACAAGUUGAUUGACUUUACAAAAUAAGCUAAAAGAAUUAUAUAUAUAUAUAUAUAUAUACAGUAUAUGUAUUUAAACAUUUAUACAGAAGAAAUUGUACCUUUGCAAUUGUAGUACCGUGCUGCUAUUUCUACCUUAAUUGCGAGUCUGUGUAAAUUUUCUGGAAAGAUAAAAGUAACCGGCCGUGUCGACUUAAUCCGGUUGACAAUUCGUAAUACUGUUGUUUGCUUGUAUUCUAAAGACAAAAUUUUACUUGUUGUUCUGCGUCAUUUGUUACUUUCAGGUCACCUGUACGGUUGUUUCGGGAAAUUGGAAAGAAACAUUUUUGGUUGUACUAGGAUAUUUUAUUAACUACAGCAGAUAGGUUGGCUUCCUGCAUCCCACUAAGUACUAUACCCAUACCGCAUGAAAAGGUC